UUGCUAAAUUGUACUUAUAACUUGUGUGAAUAUCAACUUUUUUUUUUUGUUAUAACGUGUUAGUGGAGUGGAAGAAAGAAAGGCUUGCCUAUCUGCAAGCGGGUGCGUUUGUUUACUUCACGACGAAGCGUUAACUAUUGUCCGACCAACACGUCUGCUGCGUCAGUGUUUGUGUUAAGUGAUUUGGAAGGACGAUAAGGACCGAUUCCUGUGUCGUAAAGACGUGUGUCUAUGGCGUGCACGUACGAUUUUGAUGACGCUUGGUCACGCUACUGAAAUAGCUCGAGCUGUUUAUAACCGUGCGUCAUAAUACAUCUGGCACCGCGGCAUUCCAGAGCAAACAUGACAACUGCCAAAGGUCCUGGAUUGUACGAGUUCCUCAUCGAAGCGGAACUUCAGCAAUACUAUGCCGGUAUCAAGAACGAUCUCAAGGUGCAGAAUGUGCCACAACUCAAGUACGUCACCGAGGACGACCUGCACAGCAUCGGGAUGUCGCGGCCAGAAGUCCGGCGCCUCAACAAGUACUUCCAGAAGCACUUUCCACAGAACUACCUCUCCAAGCUCAAAAAGAUGAUCCUGCCGGGCAGCCGUCGGGGCGACGAGCAGCAGGUGGCGUCGAUGGUGGCGAUGCUGCCGGACGAGGGGCCGGACAAGCCGGCGGUGCGCGUCCCCAACAAGCACAUCAUCCCCGCAGAGGCCAUCAUCGUCAACAAGGAGCUCGGCUCGGGGGAGUUCGGCGUCGUGCAGCAGGGCGUCUGGACCAACGACGGCGAGAGGAUCCAGGUUGCCAUCAAGUGCCUUAGCCGUGAGAGGAUGCAGAACAACCCGAUUGAGUUCCUGAAGGAAGCCGGCAUCAUGCACUCCAUAGACCACGAGCACAUCGUUCGUCUCUACGGGGUGGUCCUCGACACGGGAGCUCUGAUGCUGGUGACGGAGCUGGCUCCGCUGCGCUCGCUGCUGGAGUGCCUGAAGGAGCCGUCGCUGCGGCCCAGUUUCCCCGUGCUGACGCUCUGCGACUUCGCCGUGCAGAUCUGCGACGGCAUGCAGUACCUCGAGGCCAAGCGGCUCAUCCACAGGGACCUUGCAGCACGUAACAUCCUAGUGUUCUCGAAGAACAAGGUGAAGAUUUCAGACUUUGGCCUCUCGAGGGCCCUGGGUGUGGGAAAGGAUUACUACCAAACCAACUUCAAUGUCAACCUCAAGCUGCCUAUUGCAUGGUGCGCCCCAGAAUGCAUCAGCUACCUGCGCUUCACGUCCGCUUCGGACGUGUGGGCGUACGGCGUGACUCUGUGGGAGAUCUUCAGUUACGGCUUCCAGCCGUGGGCCGCGCUCACCGGCCAUCAGAUCCUCGAGGCCAUUGACGAGCCAAAUUUCCAGCGCCUCGAACAGCCGGACUGCUGCCCGAAGGAGUACUUCAACGUGAUGCUCAAGUGCUGGCAGCACGACCCCGGCAAGCGGCCCAGGUUCGCCGACCUCAUGGAGCUGCUGCCCGAGUGCAAACCGGAGCAGGUGCAAGCCGUCCAAGACUGCUGCGAGGAGCCUGCAAAGGCCAAGAGGGAGCAGCUGCUGUACCGCGUGGGUGACGUCAUCACCGUGCUCGACAAGGGGCCGAUCCCGAAUGUGUCGGGCUGCUGGAAAGGUGUCCUGAACAGUGGCAAGACGGGCCUCUUCAACCCGGCGCACACGGUCGCCUACCUAGGCUCGAACCUGCCUGCAGCACCCGGCGGAAAGCCCGGGGAGUUCGUCCGAGGAGACGGGAAGAACCCAUACUCGUCCCGUCGGAGGCUGCGCCCGGAGAUGAUAUCGCGGCCGCAAGGCGACCUGAAGCACACCGGCCACGUGGGGCUGGACGGCUCCUACUUCGGGGACAUGUCCUUCCUCGGCGGCAAGCAAUACCAGCACCUGCCGCACCAGGUGGUGGCACCCUACAAACCGCAGGAGGACUCGGAGCCCGCGGGUCGGGCCCCGGGGCAGGACCAGUCGGACCGCGCUCCGCUGCUCAAGCCAGUCCCCCAGAAGAUGGCAGACUGUGACGUGGCACCAAAGAGCAAGGUGCAGCUGGUGACGGACCACGAGUACCACGAGAUCAGUGACGAGGAGAGCCUGCCGCCCCCGGCCGACAGCCCCUGCUUUGAGAAGUCGUUUGACCUCGGGCCGAGCCUGCUGGAUGAGAUGGAGUCGAUGAUCCGCGGACUCGGCAGCUCCGGCUCCGGCGCCGGCUCUGGCGCAUCCACGCCACCCCCGCCCUCCCCACUGGACGAGACGACCAACGUCCGCAACGAGCUGCGCGAGAUUGCCGCCAAGGUCACGUCGACCACCGGCCGCAAGAAGCAGGCUACGGUGAAGCCCAUCUCGGCAUCGGACGAGAAGACUCUGGACAGUGCGAUCGCGAUGGCGCACGAGCUCGCCGCGCGCUCCAUGUCGGAGCUGGACAGCGGCGGGGGGAGCCCCCCGGAGUCACCCCACACUCCAGCCGGAGGGCGACGCAAGUUUUCGUUCCGCUUCCCUGCCCCCUCCGCCUCCUCUCUGUCCGGCGGCGGCGGGGGUGACGGUGGCGGUACCGGCACGACGGGGCGUGGCCGCCGUCACGAGGUGCGGCGCACCUUCUCCGAGGAGGCGGCGUCCAUCCCAGACAUUCAGUCGUCUCUGACGGAGGAGGCUCGUGCCGCCUACACGACGCUGGUGGAGGCUCCCGCUGCGGCAGUGACUGUGCCGGUGCCGGGCGUGGCGAGUGCGGUCUCCGCCGAUGCCGGUUCCAACCCGCUGCGGCUGCUGCGGUCGGGGCCGCUGCCGGUGGCCGUGCGGCGCCCGCGGGGGGCGCAGCAGCCGCAGCCGCUGCCGGCGCCCAGGGCCCUCGGAGCACCGCCUCCGCCCCCGGCGCAGGGGAGACCUCGUAGUAGGGAGACUGGCUCGGAGGACGAGGGACCGUCGCCGAGCCCGACGUCCAGCGACGGAGCCAACCCGAUCCCGCUCCCACCGCGCGACCGUUCGCGGCCUCCCGCGCCUUCCAAGCCGCGCCACCAGCGGAAGCACCCGCUCAUCAUCCCCGGCGGGGGCGUGUCGCGAACGCUGGCACGCCUCGGCAGUGCCGACUCCGACGAGGGGGCGGACGAUCGCGACCGACUGUCACCACAGCUACAACGGCGGGGUCACUCGCCACCCCCGCGGCUCGACGAGGCGGAGGAGGAGGAUGGCGGUGACACGUCGGAGCCACCUCGGAACGGGCAGGUGGCGACAGAGACGACGGCCGACGCUGAUAGGACGGGCAGCCCCUGUGACGGGGACGACAGCUUCGAGAGGCACAUUGCGGACGAGCUGGAGGCACUGGACGCGAUGGAGGAGGAGCCGGGGGUGGGCGCGGGAGCGGGCCCACGGCCGGACGGCCACGCCGUCUCGUGCGAGGACCUGCUGGAGUUCGCGUCGCCACGGACGGCGGGCCCGAGGCGCGGCGCCGACUCCGACGAAGUCCGUAUCAUGCGGAAAGUCCUCGGCCCCGAGCUGUUACACAGGGUGUCACAGGAGGAGUGA